AUGUCUGAAAAGGAGGAUACUUCAGAAGAGCUAACAGAUAUCUCAAGACAAUUUAAUGAACAGUCUCAUGAGAAGCCUUCUAAGCAGAAUUCUGAAACAUAUCCUAGACAGGAUACAAAGUUAGAAUACUUACCUUCAUAUGUAUUUUGGAGCAAUGAAGAACAAAUGGAAACACUUCAGUCUUUUGAAGCAAACAAAAAUGGCAACUUAUCAUCAUUAUUAAAAACUGAUAUGGCUGCAGAAUCUCAGUCUUUUGCUGACACUCUAUCUGAUGAAACAUCAGGAAAAUAUCGUCCACAAAUUUUGGAAGAAAAUCAGAAAGAAUUUUACCCACAGACAGGAAAAUUCACAGUUAACCUCAAAGCCAAGGGUUUGCAUGAUUUUCCUACUGACACUUUAAAAGUCAAACAUAUAAAAUGUCUCUAUUUAGAUGAGAACCAAAUUAAAAAUUUAAAAGGAACAGACUUCAGUGACCUGCUAGGACUUGAAGUUCUAUCUCUGCAAAGAAAUGAGCUAUCAUUACUUCCACCUGAAAUUCAUUUACUUCAUAAUUUAAAGAUAUUAAAUGUCAGUCACAAUCAAAUAUCACAUAUACCUACAGAGAUAUCACAGCUUAGAAAUAUAACACAACUCUAUUUAAAUAACAAUGACAUUGCUAAUUUUCCUUCUGGUUUUGAAAGUCUUGAAAACUUGGAAAUUUUAAGUUUGGCUAAAAAUAAGUUAGAACAUAUACCAGAGAGCCUAUCUAAAUUAAAAAAGUUGAGUGUUCUCAAUUUGGAAUAUAAUCAGCUAACAAUAUUUCAUACAUCUCUGUGCUUCCUCCCAAAUUUAAUUUCACUAAACCUUACUGGUAACAUGAUAAGUAGUUUACCAAAAGAAAUUAAGGAGCUUAAAAAAUUAGAAAAACUUUUAUUGGCUCACAAUAAACUUACUUUUCUGGCUGUGCAAAUUUUCCAAUUGCUCAAAAUAAAGGAACUCCAACUGACUAACAAUAAGUUGGAAGUUAUUUCACACAAAAUUGAGAAUUUUGGGGAACUAAGAAUUCUCAUGCUUGAUAAAAAUCUACUGAAAGAAAUACCAGAGAAACUUUCCCAUUGCAUGAUGUUGGAAUGUCUUAUCCUCAGUGAUAAUAACUUAAGAGAACUUCCUAAGAACAUCCAUAAGCUUAAGAAUUUAAGAAAACUACAUGUAAAUAGGAAUUACAUAAAGAAAAUAACUGAAAAUAUCUCCCAUCUUAACAAUAUAUUCAGUCUAGAAAUUUCAGAUAAUUUAAUCACAGAUAUUCCCAUUGAAAUAAAAAACUGUACAAAAAUAACUAAAGUUGAAUUGAAUAAUAAUAAAAUUAUAUAUUUUCCAGUAGGUUUGUGUGCUUUGGAUACUCUCUAUUAUUUGAGUUUUAACAGAAAUUAUAUUACAGAACUACCAAUUGAGAUAUCAUUCAGUACACAACUGCUUCAUUUAGAGCUGAAUGAAAAUAAACUCUACAUAUUCUCUGAGCACUUAUGUUUUCUUAUUAAUCUUAAAUAUCUGGAUCUUGGUAAAAACCAAAUAAGGACAAUCCCACAAUCUAUCCACAACAUGGCAUCACUCCAUGUUCUUAUCUUAUGCAAUAAUAAAUUUAAAGCUUUUCCUAUAGAAGUGUGUACUUUAAGAAAAUUGCAAGCACUUGACCUUUCAGAAAAUCAAAUACCAAAAAUCCCUUCAGAGAUCUGCAACUUAAAAGAAAUUAAAAAACUAAACUUAGCAAGCAACCAUUUUUUAUACUUUCCAACUGAACUAUGCCAACUUCAAUCUUUGGAAGAACUGAAUAUAAGUCAGUUAAAUGGACGAAAGCUAACAAGACUUCCAGAAGAACUGCCUGAGAUAACUCAACUUAAAAGACUUGAUAUUUCAAAUAAUGCAAUCACAGAGAUUCCAAAAACUAUAGAGGAACUGAGAAGUUUGGUUAGUUUAAAUGCAUGCAAUAAUCAAAUAAGUUAUUUCCCACCAGCUUUUCUAGCUUUAAAUAAUCUUCAACAACUAAACUUGAGUGGAAACAAUCUGACAGCUCUACCUAGUGGCAUCUCCAAACUUAGUUCACUGAAGGAAAUAAAUUUUGAUAAUAAUCCUUUGCUAAGACCACCUAUGGAAAUCUGUAAAGGAAAACAGUUAAAUACUAUUAUACAUUAUCUACAGAGAGCUGAUGAAAGAGAUGAGAAAGUCUUACAGAAGAUAAUUACAAUAAUUUCUGUUAGCAUCACUGAAAACAAUUUUGAAUUUUUGUGUCAAAAAUUAAAGCAGAGAACUAUGGAAACCCAUAUAUCUGUAAAUAGUACCUUUCCAUUUAGGGAGAGAGUCUGUCAAGUACUUAAUACAUGGAAAAUAGAAAAAAACAACUUGUCAAUAACUAAUUCUGCAUUAAUAGACCAACUAAUUCGAGCACUUAGAAUGAUAGGAGAAUUUGAAAUUAUAGAUAAAGUAAAAGUCUUAAAGCUUUCUACAAGUGUAAUAAAAUUCUGA